UGCCGCAUAUCAGAUGUUUUUAUCAAAUCAAAUAAUGAAAUUAAAUGGUCUAACGAGGAACUCAAACACCCCAUGAUCCAAAAUUAAAUAAUAAGACGAGUGAGUGAUUGUAACAGUUUCUCAAUUUUGCUUCCUGAGAAGAAGAAAAUAAAAACACCCCAUGAUCCAAAAUUAAAUACAUGAACUUCAUGUCAUGAAGUCAUGAACGGUUCCGUCUCUAUGAUUAUGGACAGAGAGAAAAAAAGUUACAGAAAAGGCGGAAACUUUUGGUUUAGUUUAGUGAGCCGCGCUCUAAAGAAAUGAAAAGUAAAGAAGGAGAAGAAGAUGAAGAUGGUGGAGGGGAAGAAGAAGGAGAAGGAGAAGGGCAAAAAGGGAAGGGAUUUAUAGAAAAGUUAAGAAGAAGAGCUGUGUUUGUAGGCCAUAGAAGUGUCUUUCGCCGACCUUGCACUCCUGCGCACAUUAGCUUCAACCCUAACAACCCUUCUUCUUCUUCUUCCUCUAAUUUCUCAUCUAGAAAGCUCGCUGCUUCUCUCUGGGAAUUUUAUCAGUAUUACGACGACAACGACCACCGGAUUCCUCCUCUUGCUACUAGAAUGCACCGAGUUCCGUACAGUUCUGCCGGUCCGAGUAACCGUCGUCUCCGUCACGGCCAUGGAAAGGCGGCGAUUGUAGAUAAAACUAAUGGUCUUGAUCUCACUGAUCAUCAGCCAGAGAGUGCAGGAAGUAUAAGGAGACAGAUCGGUCAAAUGCUGAUGAAGCAUCAUCAUUUAAUCGAAAGAAACGACCAUGCUUUGCGGCCGGUAUCUCCUACAAGCUACGAUAGCUCCCUCGAGGUUGCUCCAUAUAAUGCAGCAGUUUCUCCGGGAAGUUCGUUGGAGUUUCGUGGAAGGAGACGAGGUGGUGAGCCUAACUACAAUCUCAAGACAUCUACCGAACUUCUUAAAGUACUGAACAAAAUCUGGAGCCUCGAGGAGCAGCAUUCGGCUAAUAUCUCCUUGAUAAAAUCUUUAAAAACCGAGCUUGCUCAUUCACGUGCCCGGAUCAAAGAGCUUCUCAGAUGUCAGCAAGCUGAUAGACGCGAUAUGGAUGAUUUCGUGAAGCAACUCGCGGGAGAAAAGCUGUCAAAAGACACGAAGGAACACGAUCGGUUAAGCUCUGCUGCGGGUCAAUCGCUAGAAGAUGAGCGUAGAUUGAAGAAACGUUAUGAGAGUUUGUAUAGGAAAUUGGCAAAAGAGCUCUCGGAAGUGAAGUCAACGUUGUCUGACUGCGUUAAGGAGAUGGAGAGAGGGACUAAGUCAAAGAAGAUUCUGGAGAGAUUAUGUGAUGAGUUUGCAAAAGGGAUCAAGAGUUACGAAAGGGAGGUUCAUGGUUUAAAGCAGAAGUUGGAUAAGAACUGGAGAGGUUGGGAUGAACAAGAUCAUCAGAUGGUUCUUUGUAUUGCUGAAUCAUGGCUUGAUGAAAGGAUUCAGAGUGGCAACGGAUCAGCGUUGGAGAAGCUCGAGUUUGAGAUAGAGACAUUUCUUACGACUAAACAGAACGUAGAGUCUAAUGAAACAGCGAGGAACCGCCGGAGUUCACUUGAGUCAGUUCCAUGUAACGCCAUGAGCGCCCCGAUUUGGGAAGUAGACCGUGAGGAGGAGGAGGAGGAGGAAGAAGAUUCUGGCGGAAGCGAUUCGAAUUGUUUUGAGCUCAAGAAACAUGUUGGUGAUAUUGCAAAGCCACCACGAUUGGGCGAUGAAACUGAGAAACCGGAAUUAACAAAGGAGGCAGAUGUUGUUGUGUCUGGUGAAAAACCGAGGAGACGGAACCAAAGUCCUUCGAGUUUACAAGUGAAGUUCGAGGAUCAAAUGGCGUGGGCUAUGUCUUCUAAUGAGAAAAAGAAAGCUAGAGCCGUUGAAUAUCAGCCUGAAACUGAUAAAUGUUCUAAAGAACCGAACAAUGUAGUUGGAGAAAUGAUUAGAACUCAUCGGAGGUUAUUGUCGGAAACUCGGGAACUCGAUGAAGCUUCUUGCAGUUAUCCAUCAAGGAGACGAGAGAGCCCGGUUCGUCAAUGGAAUACGAGAACCGUAAUAACACCUGAUCUUGGUGUGCCACAAGGAGUAAAGGACAACACUUUGAUGGCUAAGUUAAGCGAAGCGAGAACAAAGAGUUCGAGGCCACGGGUUCGAGUAUUCAAGGAGUGAGCUAUCAGUAAUUUGUAUCGGAAGAGAUCCAUUGCUGAUGGUGAAAUGGUCAGACUCGGUCACUCGGAAAUGGAACAGAGCUGAGAUUGUUGUUGUCGGAAAUAGACAGAACUUGAGAAAGUUCCAUGUGUGGAUAUAUAUGUUCAUAUGUGAAUCGUACGCAUCUGUAGAGCUACAUGUUUGUAACUAUGUAUAAAUGUAUAUCUGUUUUAUAUCAGUUUGAUUUGAUCA